AUGCAGGUUGGGACUGCUACAUCAGUGUUGAAUCCGACUUCAGAGUAUCUAAACAGCCAAGGAACUUGGGUUACAUAUAUUCUGGUGAUUUUAGUCGUGCACUUCAUUUUGCUAUGUGUACCUUUUCUAACCACCGCUGUUGUUUGGACUUUAACUUGUUCGAUUCACAACGUGGUUAUGUAUCGUUUAUUACAUUGGGAGAAAGGAAGUCCGUAUGAAACAUUAGACCAAGGUGAAUCUCGUGUUCUUACUCAAUGGGAACAGUUUGAUGAUGGUGAACAGUUUUCACCGAGUAAAAAAUUCUUGUUAGUUGUGCCAAUUGUUCUAUUCUUACUCGCAAGUUUCUACACAGAAUAUGAUCCUCUUCAUUGCCUUAUCAAUGCAUCAUCAAUGAUCAUACUGGCUGUGCUUCCAAAACUGCCACAAUUUUAUAGAGUUCGAUUCUUUGGUAUUAAUCGCUGGUAG